AGCCGUCCUGGCCCAGGAUCCCGGCAGGCGGCGCUCCGCCGGCCAUGGCUCCGCGCGAGGGGGGCCAGGUCGCCGAGGCUCGCGUGCCGCCAGAGGUGCGCCGCGGAGAUCUCUGGCUCCUCGGCGGCCUGGGUGGCGGGCUGCCGCUCGUGCGGGCCCUGGGCGCGGCGGCCGCGCGCCUCGGGGCGCUCGCGGCGGCCUUCCGCUCGGCCUUCUCCGCGCGGGCGGUGCGCCUCGCGCUGCUGGGCGGCACGCCCGCCGUGCUGCUCGCCUGGGAGGGCGCGGGCGGGGGCGGCUGGCUCGACGUGCUGCGGGCCGACAGCGGCCAGCGCGCCUGGAGGGCGCGCUGCCGGAGCGCGGUGCGGCACCUCGUGGGGGCGGAGGCGGGCACGGACGCGGCGGCGCGCGCGGGGCGCGCGGGGGUCGGCGGCACUGGCCGUGAGGACCGGUCGGCUUCUGCCAGCAAGGGCAUCUUCGCGCUGCAGCUGGGGAGCGGUCGGCUGGCCUGGCGGCUGGAGCUGCAGGGCACGGUGGACUCGCUGGCCUGUGCGGCGCGCGAGGGGCUCGUGUGCGGCGCCACCUCGCUGGGCGACGUGUUCGUGCGCAGCGCGGGCAGCGCGGGGCAGCUGUGGAACAGGGAGGUGAAGCUGGGCAUGGACGAGGCCGCGUCGCUGGCCUGCCUGGGCGGCGUGCUGUACUGCGCCGCGGGAAAGGAGGUGCGCGCGUGGGACGCGCGGGCGGCGGAGGAGCUGCCGAAGAUCGCGACCGCGGCGCGCGUCUUCCUGCUGGCCGCCUCCGAGGACACGCCCGACCGAACCGUAUGCUGGGGAGCACUUCUCGGCGGCGCCCGCGCGUCCUGAUCGCCUGCACGAAGUUCUUCGACGCGCGCCAGGGCGCCGGGAGCUGGCGCGGUGAGCUCGUCGCCUGGAGCGCCACCACCGGCGAGCCGCGCUGGUCCCGGGACCUUGGCUCGCCCGCGGCCACCGCGGCCUGCCACGCGGGCCGCGUGUACGUGGGCAAGGUGUGGGGUUGGUGCUCUCGAAGGAGAGGGGUCCGAGCGCAGAUGGGCUUGCCGCCUACAGCUCCACGACCGGCGAGCGCCUGUGGGCCUCGGGCACGUCCGGCGGCGUGCGCGCGGUCACGGUGGUGGCGGUGAGCGCUGCCGCGGCUGCGGCAGCGGCGGACACGCUGGCGGAGCUGGCGCUGGACGGGCGCGAGAGCGGCGCGACGUCCCCGGGUCGCGAUGCAGAUGAAG